UUUUAAAUGUCACGUUAAAGCUGUAUAUAUAUAGUCUAUUUUCAAACACCCCUUUUUAUUUUUUUAACACCCCUGUCCACUUUUUCCUCCAGGCUGAAAUAUGACAUUCUGUCCCCCCUGCUCUCUCUAUUAGUAUAUCAAUGUCCACUGGAUAUCUGAUGCUCUCCAUAUGCUAAUCUGCAAGUUUAAUGAGUUGUGCCACCAUAGCAACAUUUCACCUGAGCGAAUGAACAGACACUUUCUAUUGUCCCACUAUGUAUUGCAACACGCCGCUCUGCAGCACCAAACACAAAAUGCUUGAUUAUUUUCCAAAAUCUCUCAAUGACAUGCGAUUCCUGUGCUUUCAGUAUUUUUGCAGGAUUCGGUAUGGAGCAGCAUGUUAAUUGAUCAGCUCAUGGAUCCUCUUUGAGACACAGAGAGAAAAAGAGAGAGAGAAACCAGAGAGUAAGGAGCAAAGAAUCAGGCAGAAGACAGUCAAACAAGACAAGUUUAGCAAAAAAAAAAAAAACACACAUACACACACUAAAAAAUCAGAGUAAAGGAUGAGUGCUCUGUUUGCUAAACUGGACCCCAGGAGGAUUGAGUGGGACUCGUCCUGGUAUGGGCUCCACUCUCGGAUCCUGCGCACCAAACCUGUGGACUCCAUGCUGGAGGGUUCGGGUGAUCUGCAUGGCACCAGACUGGCGAGUGUGCUGACCACAGUGGACCUGGUGUCACUCGGGGUGGGCAGCUGCGUGGGCACUGGGAUGUAUGUGGUUGCCGGGCUUGUUGCGAAGGAAAUGGCAGGACCUGGAGUGAUCUUGUCUUUCAUUAUUGCAGCUGUGGCGUCCAUUCUGUCAGGUGUCUGCUAUGCUGAGUUUGGAGUGAGAGUCCCUAAAACCACAGGCUCCGCCUACACAUACAGUUACGUCACAGUGGGAGAAUUUGUGGCCUUUUUUAUUGGCUGGAAUCUGAUACUGGAGUACCUGAUUGGUACUGCGGCAGGAGCCAGUGCGCUGAGCAGCAUGUUUGACUCAUUAGCCAAUCACACCAUCAGCCGCUACAUGAUCAACCAUCUAGGAACACUGAAUGGUCUUGGUAAAGGAGAGGAAUCUUACCCAGAUCUGCUGGCUCUGCUGAUCGCUUUGGUGGUGACGGUGAUCAUUGCUUUAGGCGUGAAAAAUUCUGUGAGCUUCAAUAAUGUGUUGAAUGUUGUUAACUUGGUUGUGUGGGUCUUCAUGGUGCUCGCCGGAUUGUUUUUCCUCUCUGGAGCCAAUUGGGAAGGUGGGAGAUUCCUGCCCUAUGGCUGGUCAGGGGUCAUGCAAGGAGCUGCAACCUGUUUCUACGCGUUCAUUGGCUUUGAUAUUAUUGCCACCACAGGAGAAGAGGCCAAGAGUCCUGACACUUCCAUUCCAUACGCCAUAACAGCUUCUCUUGUCACCUGUCUUACAGCUUAUGUCUCUGUGAGUGUGAUUCUGACAUUGCUGGUACCCUAUAACCUGAUUGAUGGCGAUGCCCCGCUCAUGGAGAUGUUUGCAGAUCAUGGCUUCCUGGCAGGGAAGUAUAUAGUAGCUGUGGGUGCAGUCGCAGGACUCACCGUCAGCCUGCUUGGAUCUCUGUUUCCAAUGCCAAGAGUCAUCUACGCCAUGGCCGGAGAUGGUCUGCUUUUCAGGUUUCUGUCCUUCGUGAGCCCCCACACAGAGACUCCAGUGGUGGCCUGUGCUGUUUCGGGCUCUCUGGCCGCUCUGUUGGCUCUCCUGGUGAGUCUGAGAGACCUGAUCGAGAUGAUGUCCAUCGGCACACUGCUGGCCUACACACUGGUGUCCGUGUGUGUGCUUCUCCUGCGAUAUCAGCCAGACAGAGACGGCUUCACCAGUUUCCUGACAGAGGAGGAAGAGGAGGAACGCAGGAGGAAAGAAGAAAUGAUGGCGGCUAGUGAGAAAGACCUGAACUCACCUGGCGGAGAAGAGUACGCAGAAAACCCUUGUGGAGCCAAAAACCUUCCCUCUAAAGGAGACAACGAAACCUUGAUUGAAAAGUCUGAUUCCGGGGGCUACCAGUCAGAGAAUCAGGGCUAUGGUGUUGGAGAAAACGGCAUAGAGGUGGAUGACUCUGAUGGACUCUUUAAACGUGUGUUGGGCUCUCAUUAUUACACCAUUCGGAUGCGUUUGGGCCUGCCGAACGUAAGUGAUAAGCCCACUCCUGCAACAGGACGCACUGUUACUUCUUGUGUCCUGAUUUUCUUUAUCCUGACCUUCUUUCUCUGGACACUGGUGAUCUAUGGAUUUGACCGGGUUUCUGGAGGAGCACGCUGGGCGAUCUUGCCUUUUAUAUUGACUAUAAUUGUCCUUAUGGUCACUUUGCUCAUUAUUAUUCUUCGUCAGCCUGAAAACCCGAAGAAGCUGCCUUAUAUGGCACCCUGCGUGCCUUUUGUACCCACUGCUGCCAUGCUGGUGAACAUUUACCUCAUGCUUAAGCUUUCCAGUAUCACCUGGGUGCGCUUUGUGGUGUGGUGCUCACUAGGUGUGCUGAUCUAUUUCAGCUAUGGGAUGUGGAACAGCUCUCUGGAGCUCAGCGCUAGAGAAGAAGCGGCUCACGCUAGCUCCUACCAGAGAUACGAUACCGAGGUGGACGACAGCUUCAAUGUCGAAGAAGAACUUCCCCCUGAGGAGAACGAAGAGGAUGGACAAUACCAGGGCUGGGCGGCGGAGGAGCGCGGCUAUCACUACCAGAAGCAGUACCAGGACGAGGAACAGAGUCACAAUUACAGAAGCAAAGGCAGGACCAAUAAAGGCUUCGAGGAGCUGGACAAUGAAGAGUAUUCCCCUGAGUGAGCAUUACCCACUGGAUUUGAGUGCAUGUCAUUUUGCAGAGUAGAUUAUGUUCCUGGAUCAGCGAUAUUUAGAAAAAUCACGUGAAUAUUAAAAGAGAGUCAUGAUGACAAUAUAUAUGACCCUUGAACACAAAACUAGUUUUAAAGGUCCUUUACAAUUAAAAUUAAACAUUUAGGCCACAUUUACACUGCACUGAUUAACUGGCUCAAUUCCGAUUUCUUUUCUCCAAUGUGGCACAGAUCAGAAAUGACCCAUGUACGUGCAAGCAGGAACAAAUCACAUGGAUUCCGAUUUACUCAAAUCAAAUUCAGGCCUUGUUCAUAUCUGGAAAUUUAUCCGAUAUGAACGGAUCGCUCGUGUCUGCAGUGUAAGCAGGUAGAUCGGUUUUCCCAUCAAUGCGAGUUGCGCGUCUUUAAAAACCAUAGCGAAUGAUGUCAAGUCUGACACUUUCAUUUCAGAACAGACUUCUGCAGAGUCCCAAAUCUUAAAUCUCAUACACACGAGGACUUAA